AUGCAGCCAGGUGUUGGGCCACAACCGAGGGGAUGUUGUAACAUUACUGAGUUUAAGAAGAUAGCCUUGGCAUUUGACGGAGCCACAGACCCUUUGGAGGUUGAAAAAUGGUUGACAGAAAUGGAAAAGUUGUUUCCCGUUUUUGAGUGUACGGAUGACCAGAAGGUGACCUAUGCUACGUUUAUGUUACAAGGGAUAGCUAACGAUUGGUGGCAGAUGGAGAAGCGCAUACAUGAGCAUGAUGCCAACCCCUAUACAUGGGAAAGGUUUAAGAAUGCAUUCAAUGAGAAAUACUUCCCUAGGAGUGUUCGUCUACAAAAACAGAGGGAAUUUUCAAAGUUAGAGAAAGGGACUAAGAUGAUUGUUGAAUAUGAAGCCGAGUUUACGAAGUUGUCUAAAUUUGCAUCAGCAUUUGAAGCAGACGAGGAUAGCAAAGCACGAAAGUUCGAAGGUGGGCUAAGAACGAACAUUAUACAACAGGUGGUUCCUUUCAAGUUACCUACUUUUGGAGUCGUAUUGAAUAAGGCAUUGUUGGUUGAGAGUGGCCUUACUAGAGCCCAAGAAGAGAAAGAAGAAAACUAUAAGAAGAGGCCUAGUUCUUCCAACUUCCAAACUAAUAACAGUUCGAAGGGCAAUGCUAAAAGACAAAACAUUUCUUCAAUUGGGAGUUGGGGAAGUUGA